CGAUCGCCGCCGUCGCCAAUCGUCGACGUAGUCGGUUUUCGAAGAUUUUCGAGUGUCUUCGGAUACACUUCUCCACGACUCCGCAGCCAUUUGGCUCAAGUAGCGGUUUGGGCCACAGGCCGAAUCAAGUCAUUGCGUUGUCUGUGAACAGGCCGAGGCCAUCAACUGACAUGCGGGUCCGCGCGUCUUGGCCUCUUGUCUUGCUCCUCUCUCUUGCUCUCGUCCAGCCCGGGUCCUGCGGGCGCGUGGACGUCGUAGCCCACCACGCCAAUGAGGGCCAGGCGGGCGAGCCCGUCAGUUUCACGAUAAGCACUGUUGCAGCCAUGGGCUCGCUGUAUUCCGUGUACAAGACGAGAAAGCUGAUCCGCCAGGAGCGUCACGAGAUGGAGGCCGCGAAGCAGCUGAUCGCAGAGCAUGCUGCCAGGCUGUCGAAGGGCUGCGCGCUCAUCGACCAGGUCGACCGUAUGCUGGCUGCGCAGCGCCAGUCUCUUGAGAGCGUCUCCCAGGCUCAGCACGAGGAGCUGGUUGUUGCCUGCAACGACCACGACAAGAUCAAGCGAUCGGCCGACUACCUGGCCGGAGAGAUCUUGCAGGUGUGUGAGGAGCUUGCGCCUAGGGCCUCAGCUGCUGCACAGCCUUGUCGCAACCUGUCGGCGGAUCUCCACAGCGGUGGCCUCGGCAGGGCCUGCGCGCUGGUCGACCGCGAGCAGCGCGACGCCUUGUCUCGCCGCCUCGACCUCGACCGCGCCCGCCUCGACGGCCUCAAAGCGGGUCUUGCUUGCCCAGAGUACGGAGAAGCGGCGAGGGAUGGGUUGUUGGCAGGUACGUCUACGGGUUUGUUGGAAGAGCAGGCUGUGGCUCGCAGUGGGGCAGGCGCCAUCGUUGACACGAUCAGCCUGUUGUACUCGAUACUUGGAACGGGCGAUUUUGCGCUCGACCUGGUCGACACCGUGGUGAAUACCAACAGGGGGUUCGUCGCGACAUUUGAUUUCACAGAGAAGCAUGCUCUUGCUGUCCAGGCUCUAAUGUGCAAGAGUUUUUCGAAGUUCUGGGUACAAAUGAUUAUGGCGCACACCGUAACACUCUCUACCGUCUUCGACCAGUACUAUUCGCCUUCCAGGCUGCAGCCUCCGGCAAGCCUUGGCACUCUAACGAUGUUGCCAGACCGCGGUUGGCCACUGGAUACCACGCAGCCUUCGCUGAAGAUGUCUCAGGGGAGCGCUUGGAUCUGCCAUAACGCAAAGCAUUGCCUGGUGCCCGCUGACCCCUAUAUGUCCGAAAGCUCCCGCGCAGGCGGCGUUGGCAACCACAAUCCAGACGUGGGCAGUUGUUCGGUGAAGGAUGGAGAUCAGUUUCUUCUCUGCGGACACGGUGAGGAGGUCACGCUGAUGCUUCCGAAGGUGUGCUUCAACACAUUCUUUACACACAAUGAGCAGAUAGCACCAUCGCUCAAAAUUGUUGGGAGCGCAUAUGUGCAUACAUAUGGCCACGGCAAGGGCCCUCAGCGCGGGCACAGUGGGCUCGGUGGCAACACGCUCGAUUGGGAUCAGUGCCUUCAGCCCUUGCAGCACAUGCACGACGUUGUGCACGGAAGCCGCGACGAGCUGGAGAAGGCGAGCGGCAUGAUGAAAGAUGUCUGCGAGUAGUGCCGUGAGGGUGGGCGUUUUCGGCCCGGCUCUGUCCAGAUCCCACGCGCCAGUCAGCAGCCAAAACUGGCAUGUGUAGUGUACACGCGCGCACAUUUGCCGGGGGACUGGGGCCAGGGGCCCCAUUGGCGGGCGCCCCGACAGACGACCAGGGGACCAGGACGCGUGUGACGGUGGCCCAGAGCGGGCUGUUGGGCCGGAUGGGAUUGGCGAGGGUGCCUACAACGAUUUGGGGUACCUUCCUCUCGCCCACCCGUAACUGCUCCGCAGCGAGUAUCCUUCUGUGGGAUACUUGGCAUGCCACAGGCGCACGGGCGUGUCAGGAUGUGCCGGCGACGCCCGCCAGUGGACAGCCCAGCAUCGUAUGCAUAACAUACAGGAGGUUGUCGCUCAUGGGACUCCCUCCUUUGGAUCAUCUAACCUCCUUCCUCUUCCUCGCGCCUCCCUCCUUCCUCUUCCUCGUGUGUCCCCUGCACUCGCCGUUGGUUCCUGAGCAGCGGCUAUUACUCGACGCGUUAAUCGGUAUGCCCAUCGCGCCUGGGCGUGCAAGGCUGCCAGGCUGAGUUGUAGGUGGCGUCCGCCUUCGGCCAGCUCAGCAAAUUAGAAAAAGC